AAUAAUAAUAAUUAAAAAAAAAAAGCAGGAAAAAAAAAAUCGAGGAAAUUUCGUAGCCAGUCACUGAACGUUUCUAUGUGCACAUUCUCUCUCCUCCGACCCUUUUAUUUUAAUCAUCAAAAAGCCCUUUAAAAAGUCCGAACCAGAAUCUAAAAACUAAAACAAAUUUUAUAUUAAGAUCAAAAACUUUGAGCUUUUUUCUAAUACCAUCAAUUUUUACCCACCAAAAACAAAUAAACCUGCCAUUUUUAUAUAAACUUGUUAAGAUCCAUCAUAAUUAUUCACUAAUUUCUUGAUUUGUAAAUCACUAAUACCCUCUUGAUUAUUAUUAUUGUUACUAAAAAGGGAAGCUAAAAGUUUAUCAAUGGAGCCAAAGAUUAUUAAGGGAGAAGGUGGUUAUGUUCUUGAUGACGUUCCUCAUUUUUCUGAUUAUCUCUCAAAUCUCCCUACGUAUCCAAACCCGUUACAAAACAAUCCUUCAUAUUCAGUAACCAAGCAAUAUUUUGUGGAUUUUGAUGAUACGGUUGUUCAAAAGGCUGUUCAACAUAAAGAUGGUCCGAGGGGUAUACAUUUUCGACGACAAGGUCCUCGUCAAAAGGUGUAUUUUAAGCCGGAUGAAGUUACAGCAUGUAUUGUUACAUGCGGAGGGCUAUGUCCUGGGCUUAACACUGUGAUCAGGGAAUUAGUUUGUGGCUUAGAUUACAUGUAUGGUGUUAAAAAUAUCCUGGGAAUUGAGUGUGGCUACAAAGGGUUCUAUGCUCGGAAUACACUCCCACUAACACCGAAGACUGUUGACAGCAUCCACAAACGGGGUGGAACAAUCCUUGGCACAUCAAGAGGUGGCUAUGUCACUUCCAAAAUUGUGGACAGCAUUCAGGACAGGGGAAUUAAUCAGGUGUAUAUAAUUGGAGGGGAUGGAACUCAAAAGGGUGCAUCAGUAAUAUAUCAGGAAGUAAGAAAACGAGGCCUUAAGGUUGCAGUUGUGGGAAUUCCGAAAACAAUUGACAAUGACAUUCCGAUCAUUGACAAAUCUUUUGGAUUUGACACUGCUGUGGAGGAGGCACAACGUGCUAUAAAUGCAGCACACACUGAAGCUGAAAGUGUUGAAAAUGGGAUUGGUCUUGUUAAGUUGAUGGGUCGUGACAGUGGGUUCAUUGCAAUGUUUGCAACCCUUGCUAGCCGAGAUGUUGACUGUUGCUUGAUUCCGGAAUCACCCUUCUAUCUCGAAGGGCAAGGCGGACUCUAUGAGUUCAUUGGGAGACGACUUAGAGAAAAUGGCCACAUGGUUAUAGUCAUAGCUGAAGGAGCAGGCGAGAAGGUAGAAGAAAGAGACCCUUCUGGAAAUAAGGCUUUUAAAGAUGUUGGUCUCUGGUUGUCUCACAUGAUCAAGGAACACUUUGCUCAGACAAAAUUAAACAUAACUCUUAAAUACAUAGAUCCUACAUAUAUGAUCCGAGCUGUUCCUGCUAACGCAUCAGACAACGUGUACUGUACAAUUCUUGCCCAAAGCGCGAUUCAUGGGGCUAUGGCGGGUUACACAGGUUGUACUGUUGGGCCAGUCAAUGGCAGGCAAUGUUACAUACCUUUCUAUCGAAUUAUCGAGAAACCAAACAAGGUUGUGAUAACAGAUAGAAUGUGGGCUAGGCUUUUGUCUUCAACCAAUCAGCCGAGCUUUAUGAAUCCUCCCAAGGGCGCAGUUGUUGCAGGAAAUAAGGACGAGAUACUACUAUCAAAGUCUUCUGCUGAAGAAUCAAAUGAGAACGAUCAAAAGUGUACACCAUCACCAACCUCGUCAUCAAUCCUUGAUAAUCAUGUCAAUGAUCAGCAUUCGUUGAACAACGGAUCUACUCAUCCGAUGCUAGAGUAAAAUAGUUUCAAUAUUUUUUUGAGAUUCUGAAAACUUCCGCUGUUUUAAAGGAACAGAGGAGAUGCAUAAUAAUCAGUCACCUUGGAUUCGUCUUACAUUAGUGUUUGUCUAAUAGUAGGGGAUCGGAUGCCACAAAAUUGUUAACAACUAGUUAUUUGUGCCUUUUGUAAAAAUUGAAGAGUGAAUUGAUCAUGUAUUUAUAUGUGGAAUAUAAUCUAUGCCAAAUACAUUGUGUUGUAGAUGUAGAAAGCUCGAAGUUCCUUAAUCAUCUUGUCUUUAGGUCGAGUACAAACUUUCAUGUGUAUCCAAGAAUAAGGUGGCAAUUGUUAAAUUCAAUAGUACUAGUAUUAUUUUACA